AUGCUUUCAUUCUUGAGAUCGUCAGGGCCAGUGCGCACUCAAAAUGCCCAGAACAAUCCAAUUCUCUACGAAGGCGGCAAGUCUUCGGUUACCUUCUCGGGACCCGGCUCAAAAUACAUCAUGACCCAUCGGAUCCCACCAACAGACAAAGAAAAUGGUGUUUCGAUUAUCGCGCCUCCAUUUCAUUAUCAUAUCUACCAAGAUGAAUUCUUCCGCGUCCAGUCCGGCAAGGGCAACUUCUACCGCGGCCUUGACCCAAAGCCCUUUGCGGUUCUGUCCGACGAGCCAGAUGGCCAAGCUACAGCCUCGGUGAAGGCUGGAUACUUUCACCGCUUCGAAAAUGCAACAGAAGACAGAGAUCUCGUGGUGGAUAUUCAUUUGACUCCAGAAUCAUAUGAGAACGAACAGCAGUUUUUCAGAAACUUCUUUGGGUACCUGGACGACUGUAAAGCGUCGGGUAGUGCACCUAGUAUUUUUCAGCUUCUCGUCUUUCUUCACAGCGCCGAUACCCCAUUGGUGAUUCCGAUUCCUUGGGAGUUCAUGGGCCGGGUGGUCAGUCGGAUCUUACUCACAACUGCCGCCUACUGGGGAAGAUUUGUGCUGGGCUACAAGCAGACAUAUCCGGAAUACUACGACGCAAAGAAGUCCAUAUAA